AUGGGUGUUUCCAUUCCUUCAGUAAUUCAAUCGAAUGGUAUGACCAAUCUUUACAAAUUUAAAACAGAUCCAGUCACUAGCUCCAAUUUGAUGGUUUUUGUUCUUCCUUGUGAAGGAAAAAUUGAUUGGUUCAUUGCCAACUCAUCCCAAGUCUCUAAAGCAAGCGAACUGACCACAGGCAAUAGCUUAUUCUCUUUCAUAUUUCCACAAAUUAAAUAUAAGAGCAGAUCAUCCAAGGACGAUAUUCCAAAUGUUGUUACUCCAUUCAAUCUUAAAGGUAUUUAUGGUAUUCUCCCAGGAAACUCCACCUAUUAUCUCAAGGUUACAAACUCAGGUAAUGUCAAGGCAAGAUAUAAUCUCCUCUACUCAACCUCUACCAAUCCAUAUCCAAUCCUCCCAUCCUCUGAUUCCAUCACUGUUAAACAGAAUGGUGACCAAAUUGAAUUGAGUUGGAAUCCAGUUGUUGAGAAUGCUGCCUAUAUCGACUAUUGUGUCUAUGCUCACUCUGAACAAGAACAUGAUGAUGGAGAUGUUCAUGGAAGUGCAUGUGCUGUCUUUGCAGAUAGUGAACUUCAAGGAUGUACCUCAUCAACUAGUUUCGUAUUAAAUCUGAAGAAGAGUGCCGCUUAUCAUAUUGAUGUAGUUGCAACCAGAAAGGACAAUGGAAGAUCAUGGGCCUACAUUGGACAAGAAUAUGUCUUCAAGAUGAAUUCUGCUGUGGGUACGUUCAAUAUGGCUUGCUUGCUCCUAUUGGCAACUCUUCAAUUUGUCAUUGUCUUGUGUUAA